CGAUUUUCACUCGGGCCCGAAAGAUUGGAUUUAGCAGGAUAGAUAUUUUCUUGCUAAAAUUAUGUUUUUAUCUUAAAUUAGCUGGUUAUAGUAGGUAAAGUGGGUAAGUACCUACCUACCUUCUAACUUGUUGUUACUGUACUAUGUAUAACGUGGUAUAAGUAUUUUCGCUAUCGGUCAGUGAACUUUAUACCUAAUUUACCUACUAUCUAAUGUUGUACUGAGGAAUCUCGAAAAAUAUAGAUGGAUAUACCUACCUAAUUAAGAUUGGAAUUCGGAACACUAGGGUGGCGUAUUUGAGAAACGGUGUGCGACGCGGUCACACAGUUCACGCGGGCACAACAAAAACAAAAUGGCUUCAAGAGGCGCCGCAUCUGAUCAACUAGUGGACUUCAAGAAAUCAGUUAAGGACUCACCGGGGUACAUCACCACCAAGUAUGGUGCACCGGUUGGCGUGAAGACUGGAGUUCAAACUGUUGGAAAGAAUGGACCAGUUCUCCUUCAAGAUGUCGAGUUUUUGGAUGAGAUGUCUUCUUUUGAUAGAGAGCGCAUCCCAGAAAGAGUCGUACAUGCUAAAGGAGCAGGUGCCUUUGGUUAUUUUGAGGUGACUCAUGAUAUCACUAAGUACUCUGCAGCUAAGCUCUUUGAGAGCAUUGGCAAGAAAACAGAUAUUGCUGUUAGAUUCUCAACUGUCGGAGGUGAGAGUGGUUCAGCUGACACUGUCCGUGACCCCAGAGGAUUUGCGGUCAAAUUCUACACUGAUGAUGGAAUCUGGGACUUAGUCGGUAAUAACACUCCCAUCUUCUUUAUUAGAGACCCCACACUCUUUGCCAGCUUUAUCCAUACCCAGAAGAGAAACCCAGCAACUCAUUUGAAAGAUCCUGACAUGUUCUGGGACUUUAUGACUCUCAGACCAGAGACCAUGCACCAACUGAUAUACAUGUUUGGAGAUAGAGGUAUUCCUGAUGGUUACCGAUUCAUGAAUGGCUAUGGUUCUCACACAUACAAACUUAUUAAUGCCCAAGGAGUAGCACACUGGGUUAAAUUCCACUACAAGACUGACCAGGGUAUCAAAAAUUUGCCUGUGGAUAAAGCAGGCGAGCUGGCUUCGACAGACCCUGACUAUUCUAUCAGAGAUCUAUAUAAUGCUAUUGGAAGAGGAGAAUUCCCAACCUGGACUUUUUACAUCCAAGUAAUGACAAUGGCCCAAGCCGAGGGUUGCAAGUUCAAUCCGUUCGACUUAACAAAGGUGUGGCCUCACAGUGAGUAUCCUCUUAUACCUGUUGGAAAACUAACAUUGAAUAGGAACCCUAAAAACUAUUUUGCUGAGGUGGAACAAAUAGCCUUCAGCCCAUCUAAUUUAGUGCCUGGAAUUGAACCCUCCCCUGACAAGAUGUUGCAAGGACGCUUAUUUGCAUACAGCGACACCCACCGCCACCGGCUCGGCGCUAACUAUCUACAGAUACCCGUGAACUGUCCAUUCCGGUCCAUUAGGAUCGCUAACUAUCAGCGCGAUGGACCACAGACCAUAGACAACCAGGACGGAGCUCCUAACUAUUUCCCCAAUUCAUUUUCUGGACCGCAAGAGUGCCCACGCGCCCAGCGUCUUCGAGCGAGGUACAAUGUGAGCGGGGACGUCGAUAAAUAUGACAGUGGCCAGACCGAGGACAACUUCUCGCAGGCAACAGUUUUGUACAAACAAGUCUUUAGCGAAGCUGAAAAAGAACGCACUGUAGCCAACCUCGUGGGCAAUCUAAAGGACGCUGCGGGCUUCAUACAAGAACGUGCUGUCAAGCUGUUGACGCAGGUCCAUCCAGACCUGGGCAGCAAGGUCUCCGCUGGACUUGCUCCAUUCAAGAAAUACCAUGCCAAUUUGUAAAUUUGGAUUCGUUUUUAUUUUGGAGUCUUUAUUAUUUGACUGAUAUAAUUAUUAUGCCUUAAGCUACAGUAAACAAAUCGCUGUGUCUGCAUAUGCUGUUUGUACUUUGUACAUUUUAUAACCUAUUUAUUUGGGUGAUUUAGAACAACAUGACAUAACUUUGGGAGUAGGUAAACAGAUAAUAAUAUAUACAUUUUUUUAAUCGUUAUAAAUAAAGUGUUUAUUAUU